ACUGUAACAUUAGUUUAAAAAAAAUCGUACACACUAAAUAGAUAAAUUAAACAUGAAAAAAAAAAUACCAUAAGAAAUUACAUGUAUAAUUUCUUAACAGGUAAGAUCAUAAAAAGGUUUUAAAAUCAUGAUAAUGUUAUUGCUAAAAUCUUACAUAUAAGAUCUAUUUCUCGUGGUUAAAAGUGUUUGAUAUCAGGGCUCCUACAGGGUGAAGUCUGCAGUUUGGAAGUCGCCUUGUGUUUCCCGAGGAUGAAACUGUUGUAAUGCCUCUGCUCUGUUCUGAGAGGGUUCCAGGUGUUUCCAGGUGUUUUUGGUGGGUCUGGGUCUGUCUGAGUUUCACUUUCGGCCCACAGGUGUUGAGGCCAUGCUCGGUUGUCCUGGAAACCAAAACCCACCCUGACCAGCCGCUGACGGGCUCUGUGACUGUGGAGGAAGUCAUCGUCAAGAUCUCUCCUGUCAUCCUCAACACUGUGAUGACGAUAACGGCCGCCAUGACGACCAAGCCGCAGGACGAGCAGAGCCAGGACGCCAAGCCUGACAUCGGUGACCUCUGGUCUGAACAUCUAUGCCUGCAACUUCUGGUUCCUGGGAGUGGACCAGGCCACCGAGGUCACCGAGAGCUUCAGGGAGCAGGACGGACGCAAUGAUGGCGAGAGCUUCACGAUGGACAUCAAGGUGGUCCAGGUGACUCUGGAGUCAGGUUUGGGCCACAGGACAGUUCCUCUGCUGGCCAAGUCUUCGUUCAGCGACUCGGCUAAAAACUGGUCGUCUCUGCUGCAGCUGAACGCCGACAUGACGCUGGAGGUGAACUACUUCAAUGAGAGCCACGCUGUGUGGGAGCCGCUCAUCGAGAGGGUGGACAGCGGAACACGCAGGUGGAACCUCAAACUGGAGAUGAAGAACAACCCGGUCCAGGACAAGAGUCCGGUUCCUGGAGACGACUUCAUUGUUCUCCCUGAACCUCGCACGGCCGUCAACAUCUGUUCCAAAGACACCAUGAACAUCACCGUGUCCCAGUGCAGCCUGAACGUCUUCGCCAACCUUGCCAAGGCGUUCUCCGAGGGCACGGCCUCCACCUUCGACUACUCGCUGAAGGAGAAGGCGCCCUUCACCGUCCGGAACGCUCUGGGAAUCCCGCUGCUGGUGCAGCACAGCGCCAACCUGCGGCUCGUGGGCUCCUCGGCGCAGGGGAAGCUGCAUGAGGUGGCGGUGGACCAGAGCGUGGACCUGGAGCACUCCGUGUUCGAACCCUCGUCCAGAGGCAAACUGUCGGCCCUGCAGCGCCAGGAGAGCUGCCUGUUCAACCUCAGCAUCGGUCAGCCGCCGUCAGACCGCUCUCUUAUCCACAUACAUGACACGUGUAGAAAGACUUGGCUCCUCAGACUCACACACACCACUGGACUUGGGCUCUGUGUCACACAUUUACAGUUAUAGUCCAGUAAUUUUAGGCCAAAAUUGGGGUCAACCUAGGACAAACUGCAAGAGAAGCAAACUCAACUGAUUUUGGAUCCUCGGUUUGUCCUGAGUGAGGGGGAAAAAGUCCCA